AUGAAGUUCUUCAUCCUCGCCGCCCUCGUCGCCGUCGCUGCCGCCAACUCUUACAAAGCUCCCGAAUACGCUCCCAAAUACGAAGCUAAAUACGAGGAAGUUACUUAUGCUCCCCAGCCGUACAGCUUCGAAUACGACGUCCAGGAUAAGGAAUCCUACAACGAUUUCCUCCACUCUGAGAAAUCCGACUACAACGUCGUCACCGGAUCUUACCGCGUUGCUCUCCCCGAUGGCCGCACCCAAAUCGUCACCUACAAGGCCGAUAAGGACGGAUACAACGCCGAUGUGAAAUACGAAGGAGAGGCCAAAUACCCCGAGGAGCCCGCAUACAAGCCCGCAUACAAGCCCGCUGCUUCCUACCCUGCCCCGGCUUACCCCGCUCCCGCUUACCCCGCACCAGCCUACAAGGCUCCCGAGUACAAAGCCCCCGCUCCCGCCUACAAGGCCCCCACCUACUCCGCUCCCGCCUACAAGGCCCCCACUUACUCUGCCCCAGCCUACAAGGCCCCCACUCCGGCCUACAAACCCGCGGCCUACAAGCCCGUUCCUGCCUAUCCUAAAUAUUAA